ACGCUCACCUGUAUUUUUCACACAUUUUCUCACAAACCAAACAGCAAUCGUAGCUUCAAGAAACAGCAAGAAAGAUCAUGGACCAGAACUCAGAACCCCAAUUCCAAGAAACCAUGUCCGACCAAUGCAAUGCAUGCGGUUCUCUUAAGAAAAAAGACCCCACAACAUCUGAGGAUGCCUCCGGCGACGGCCAACCCCAGCUCAAGAAGCGAGAAACGGCCUCCGUCCACGAUUACCGCCUUCACGGAUUCUCCAGGGUCGCUGUUCCUCCGCCAAAUUUCUACACGAACCUCAGCCGCACGAGCUCCAAUCUCAUCAACUCUCCCGGCCUCGACCUGCCGAAACUACCCUCGUGGCAGAAUUUUCCCCAUUCGCCUCUGACUCCCAGGAUGAACCCCAAUGUCUCCACGCUGUCGCCCUCACCGGUGAAAGGGGGUUCCACGGAAUUGCCACCUCUGCCUCCUCUUCGCCGGUUCAUUUCUGAACCGCUGCCGGUCGCUUCUCCACCAAGAACCGGAGUCAGUGGUCACGGCGAGAUGGUUACGGGAUCCCCAGUGGUGUCCCAAGACAGCCCUGAUCCUGAGAGGUUCAAGAGAAUGAUGGAAAGGAUGAAAGAGAUGAAACAGUGGUGGCAUGAAGUAGUGCUGGACGUAGAGGAUGCUGGGUCUCAUCACAACAAUACAAAUGAGGCUUCAAAUGCAGAAACAGAGGACCUUGUGAUCAUAGAGAGGGUGGGGGAUUUCAUUAGCAUAUACUUGAAGUGUCCCUGUUCCAGAACCUACCAACUUCUCAUCUCUGGAAGCAACUGCUUCUACAGGCUCCUGUAGUGUAAAAAUGCAUACAACACUCGUCCCUCUGCACAAUUCCUUUAUUAGCUGAUUUUGCACAUGAAUUACUCUUCUUAUAGCUUCAUAGGCUGAUUUUACUCUUCUUAUAGCUUCAAUGGCUGUAAACCAUUUUUCAUUUUGAAUCAAGUCAGACUAUUCUAUCUUGAUGCAACAUUGUGCUUCUUCUA